AAUACUUGAGUAAGUAGCAGCAGGCAAAGCUGUUAGCUAUAACUGCAAUGUGCAGACGACAGCAGCAGCAGCAGCAGCAGCCACAGCAACAUCAGCAGCAGCAACAUCAACAGCAGCAGCAGCAACAUUUACUCCAUGCUUGAGUGCAAUGCGGCUAGCAACACAAACUGUACAGCCAGCAACAUAGGGCGUACAGCUGGCAAUAUGUGCAAGCAGCAGCAACAACAGCAGCAGCAGCACCAACAGCAACAGCACAAGCAGCAGCAACGUUUGUGACAACAAUAUCAACUGUACCAAAUACAUAUUAAUCUAUAUGUAUAAACAUAUUGAAGACAACAACCCUUGAGACAGCAACAAUAACAACAGCAGCAGCAGCAACAACCACAAGAACAACGACAACAGCGAAUAUUGCUUACGCCUCAAAACUAUCUUAAAAUGUCAAUUCAAAAGCUUAACGACAACGCCAACUCGGGCUAUGUUAGCUCCGAGGAGACAGACUCACUGCUAGUCACAAGUUCAACGAAGAGCGGCAGCAACGGAGGUAGGAGCGCUCUAUUGCGUCAGGUGAAGAGCACCAGCUCGGCAAAUGGACCCACGUCUAAUAACAUGGCUUCCACCUCGGGCUCGAGCACUGCCUGCAGCGGAAGCGGCGGUGGGGGUGGGGGUGGCAAACCGACUUUAAUGCGCCAGGACCGCACAUCGACAUAUCUAACGAGCCCGCAGCAAUCGCAGCAGGGCGGACAGGGAGGGCAGCAGACGCGCAUGGGCUCCGAGGAGAGCAUGCGGCACGGGCACGAUGAGGACAUCGAGCAGGGUCUGCUGCGUACAUCCAUAGUGCCUGAUAUCGAAGUACACGAAGAGGACCAAGAACUAACACAGAACACAUCAACGACCACAACAAUAUCGGCAACAGCCAGCAUGAGCGCUGGCAAUGCACCAACGACCAAACCGACCAUAUCAAUUAUGAAUUUAAGCCUCAAGCCGCACGAUCAGCACCAGCAGCAUGCACAUCAGCAACAUCUGCAGCAGCAGCAGCAGCAACAGCAGCCGGUUGUAACCGGCUCGAGUCAUCCCAAUUUGGGGACCACAUCAUAUCAGAAUCUAGCAUCGAGCAUACCGCCCAGUGCGCCCAGUCGCUGUCGCGCCUGUCGCAACUGCAGUCGUCGCGCCUCGACCACGCCCAUCUCAACAGCAGGCAUUGGCCUGGGCGUCGGCGUCGAUCGCUCAGCAUCGCGUGACAGCGUCAAAAGUGCCUUCCAACAGGGCAACCUGACCAGCUCGAUGGCCAUUUGCAUAUCGAACAACGCACUGCAUCAGCAGCAACAUCAGCAGCAGCAACAGCAGCAGCAGCAACAAUUUCAGCUGCAUCAGCAACAGUUGCAGCUGCAGUUGCAUCAUCAGCAGCAACAACUAUCGGGCUCCGUUUCGCAGGUGCCGCCCGUGCUGAUCACCUCAUCGCCCACCAACGGAUCGCGCAUCAUACGCCAAAGCUCCCAGCCGGAGUCCAGCACCACGGCCAUCUGCUGUGGCACGCACAGCGCCUGCGGUCACUCGCACACCGUGCCCAACGUCUCACUGAAGCAGCUGCGCGAGAGCAGCGGCGACGGCAUCGCCGGCAUUGCCGCCGACUCUCUACGCAUCAACGGCGGCAUGCGGCCCUUCAAGCAGGGCGUUCUUCUAAUGCCUCGCACAUUGUCCGAAAGCCGAAAGUUGCGACUUAGAAGGGCCUUCACUGAGGCUACAAACGAAACGCUACAAUGCUCCAAAAUGCUACGCAAGCCAGCGUCGACACUUUCAAUUCCUGGCUCGAUGAAAACACCUUCCAUUGCAAAUCGGGAACAGAUCUCAUCUGGAUGCAACGAAGAAGCGGCCGAGGCAUUAGUGGGUAUCCACUCAGACUACCCUAGGUAUGAAAUGUAUAUGGAAGAACGUGCGCUUACUGGCGGCAAUACGUCCAGGAAGCCAUCGACAAACUCGGCCAAACACAAACCCAAUGUGGGCUAUCGCCUGGGCAAGAGAAAAGCUUUAUUUGAAAAGCGCAAACGCAUUAGCGACUAUGCGCUCGUCAUGGGUAUGUUCGGCAUCAUCGUGAUGGUGAUUGAAAACGAACUGAGCAGUGCCGGCGUCUACACAAAGGCAUCGUUCUACUCGACAGCGUUAAAAACCUUAAUAUCUGUUUCGACUGUGAUUCUUUUAGGACUUAUAGUAGCUUACCAUGCUUUGGAAGUGCAGGUGAGAUUAUUCAUGAUAGAUAACUGCGCCGACGAUUGGAGGAUCGCAAUGACAUGGCAACGAAUUAGUCAAAUAGGGUUAGAACUUUUUAUAUGCGCUAUACAUCCAAUUCCUGGCGAAUACUAUUUCCAGUGGACGACGAAAUUGGCCAAUAAGAACAAAACAAUUGGCACCGAAAUGGUGCCAUAUGACGUAGCUUUAUCACUACCCAUGUUCCUUCGAUUAUAUUUAAUAUGCCGCGUAAUGCUGCUGCAUUCAAAGCUAUUCACGGACGCAUCAUCACGGAGCAUCGGCGCUCUCAAUAGGAUUAAUUUUAACACAAGAUUUGUUUUAAAAACACUAAUGACAAUAUGUCCGGGAACGGUUCUAUUGGUCUUUAUGGUCUCACUAUGGAUAAUCGCCUCCUGGACACUGCGGCAAUGUGAAAGAUUUCAUGAUGAAGAGCAUGCGAAUCUUUUGAAUGCAAUGUGGCUGAUAGCGAUAACAUUUUUGAGUGUUGGUUUCGGUGAUAUUGUUCCGAAUACGUACUGUGGACGUGGUAUCGCUGUCAGUACAGGAAUAAUGGGCGCUGGCUGUACGGCUUUGCUUGUGGCUGUCGUCUCACGUAAGCUGGAGCUGACCCGUGCCGAAAAGCAUGUGCACAACUUUAUGAUGGACACGCAGUUAACCAAAAGGCUGAAAAAUGCUGCGGCGAAUGUUCUACGUGAAACUUGGCUCAUUUACAAACAUACAAGACUAGUAAAACGGGUUAAUCCCGGCCGUGUAAGAACCCACCAAAGAAAGUUCCUUCUAGCUAUAUAUGCGUUGCGAAAAGUUAAAAUGGAUCAACGCAAACUAAUGGAUAAUGCCAAUACAAUAACCGAUAUGGCCAAGACACAAAACACAGUCUAUGAAAUAAUAUCGGAUAUGUCUAGCCGUCAGGAUGCUAUUGAGGAGCGCCUAACGAAUCUAGAGGACAAAAUGCAAAGUCUACAGGAGCACAUGGAGAGCCUUCCGGAUAUUUUGUCACGCUGCUUGACUCAACAUCAGGAGCGCAUCGAGCAGCGUCGCAAUUUUCUGCAUCCGGAUACAGCAGCCGCUGCCAUACAGCCCAUACAGCAAGCCCCGCCUCAAUCCAUGUUCAAUGCAGCCCCCAUGCUCUUUCCCCACUCUAGAAAUAGCGAAUACAUCGAUAGCGACAUCGAGUUCAUUAGCGAUGCCACCAGCUACAGCGAUAACGACAGCGAUACCGAUGUACACAGACUUCGCUGGCGUUGCUGAAACAUCGAUGACAAUACCGAUACCGACAACAACAACGAUGACGACGACAGGAGUUGCAACGAUUGCCUCAAAGAACACAGAGAAUAAGUUUACUAGGAAAAGAGAACGUGUAUGCAAUAAUAGUAGUAAUAGGAAUAGUUUUAGUAAUACUAGUAAUAGUACUAGUAAUAAUACCAUUAAUAGGAAUAUUAGUAAUUCUACAAGUGUCAUUUCGAAUUCGGCCUUUUUUAAAUAAGCCUCUUCGGAAUGUGAAACAAACAUAACAAAAACAACAACAAGAAAAGUCAAAUGUUAUCAUAUAUACCUAUUGUACAUAUGCAUGUAUGAUAAAUGUGUUUUUUUUUUUCUGAGUUUAGGAAUAUAUAUAUUAAUAGGUCUCAUAAUUGGCAAAUGGCCGUACUAACUAGCAUAGCAUUGAAUGUAUGAACGUAAGCUAAACAUAUACUAUAUAAAUAAAGCCCCUAACUUUAGUUGAUAUUAAAAAAAAAACAAAACAAACAAACAGUACAGUACCAAAUACCAAAUCUAACCUCAAAGGUAAAUCUCUUCUUUUUGUUUAUAUUUUUUUUUUUGGUUUUCUUCUGCCAAGUCCGUCUGUGUGAGAACUAUUUAUAUAAGAGUAAAGCUAUUAGCUCUUAGUUUACUUUCGCACAUUCCCAAACCACAACUCAAAUAUGUGUACAGAUUUUAUUCUGUGCGUGUGUGUAUCUGUAUUGCGAUUGUGUGAUUGGUUAGCUUACUGGUACUUAGUGUUAAGACAAAAAAAAAUAGAUAAAAACACAAUAAAAAAAUAUAAUGU